AUGGAAGCGGUCACAAGGAGUCAAGCCCGCGCGUCGGAACAACCCUACGAGUCCCCGGAAGCAAAAGCGAUGAAAGAAGUGAACCCCAAGGACCCGGAAAAAUUCCCCAGAACCCCUAACCGUUGCCCCGACGGCGGAACUCCCUUCCCUGGGAGUUUGGAGAGUUCCCAAGUCGGUGGGGGGCCCGCUCCGGUAGCCGAAGCGGACAGGGAAACGCCUCUGAAACUGCAUCCGUACCGCGACGACAGUACGUUCUGCCUGACCGAGUACUACGACAAGACACUCCCCUUGGAGGAGUGGCUCAUGAAGGUGGUAACCCGGACGUCCGAGGAUUACGAAGUGAAGGACCAUGUCACUUCGGAAGAGAACGGACCUUGGAAAGGGUACGACGAGUUGGGUACUGGCACCAAUGGGGUAAGGACGUCCGGGAAUACUGCAUCUGUUGUGUCCGAUGUGGUGCCACUAAGGGCACGAGACGAGACCCUGGAAACAAGGACGACAGCAGCGGAUGCCUGUGGACAGGGGCUGGUGGAACGAUUUAACUCCACACUGGCCACGAUGCAGAAGAUGUACGUAAAUGCGGCCCACACGGACUGGGACGCUUACCUGCCACGGCUACUAUGGGCCUAUGUACCGCUCAGGUUGACUUCCAACCCGCGGAUUCUGUAUGGGUCUACCAAUACUUCCAUAAGACGACGAAUCAUGACAACCUCCGAGUCCGAAAGUUCGCCUACCACUGGCACGGACCCUACCGAAUCCACUGUCGGCAAGGGGAUAACACACCGCCUCAAGGCUUUCCGGGGUUAUUGGACCCGCCCGUUUAACAACGAGGUCCCGGAAGGAUAUCAAGAGACUGAUGGCUCCUGGGAGGAGGCCUGCGACGUUCUUUUGGACGACGAACUGCUCCCAGACUCGAGCUUCAUCGACCGCCUUGAGUUCGCCGACGGAGACGUGGUGUACACGAACACCCCAACGCCCAUUGUCAAGGUCCUGGACAAAAGGCGCACGGCGCCCCGGGAGCCUGAAUACCUGGUACGACACGCGGAUGGCGAAACCCAUUGGACACCACGAUCUCAGCGUAUGGAUUUCGAGUCGUUCAUCUCGGAAUAUGAAAACCUGGUACGCUCCUGGUACGCUCCCACCAAGGCCUGUCUACCCUACGUCGCAGUCCCAGACUAG